CGAACGAAACCAACAACGGCCGCUUUGGGAGCAUUGCAUACGCCAAGCAGUACACUUUGCUUUCGUGCACGCAAUAUACCCAGCAUAUCCAUCGAAGCGUAUCUCUUGCGUAUUUUGCGGUAUUGUCCUGCAAGCUGUGAAGUGUUUGUCAGUCUCUUGGUCUAUUUUGAUCGGAUGAGCAAGAUGGGACAGGGAAAUCCUGAGCGCAUACUAGCUGAUGAUGGCUUGUUUGUUGGUAUGCGUGGAUUUGCGAUCGAUAGCUUCAAUGUUCACAGAUUGGUGAUUGCGGGUGUUACAGUCGCAAGCAAGUUUUUCUCCGAUGUCUUUUAUACCAAUUCUCGAUAUGCAAAGGUUGGAGGAUUACCCGUUCACGAAUUGAACCAGCUGGAAUUGCAGUUCUUGCUGUUGAAUGAUUUCAACUUGAUGAUUCCAUUGGAGGAAAUGCAGAGAUAUGCGAAUCAAUUGCUC